GGGCGUUCUCCUAAGUGGGUCUCCUGCUCAACUUCCGGGUGGCGGCCUGAAGAAACUUUUUUGGAAUUUACAGACUCUGCGGAGCACCUGUUAUUGUAUCUUUGCUGUUUUAACAACAGCUGUGGGCAGAGCCUCCUUGCCUGCCCACUUGCAUUUCUCACAAGCUUGCUAUCAAUCUAUUUUUUGACUAAAAAAAAUCUGUAUUCAGUGAAGUGGUUAAUAGAGGCUCGUUUUUGAACUUCUGUCAAUAAACUGUAAGAAAGUAACAGUACAUCCUGAAACCAUAAAGAAGAAAAAUGUCGGUGACUUUGCAUACUGAUGUCGGUGAUAUUAAAAUAGAAGUCUUCUGUGAGAGGACACCCAAAACCUGUGAAAAUUUCUUGGCUCUUUGUGCCAGUAAUUACUACAAUGGCUGUAUAUUUCACAGAAAUAUCAAGGGCUUCAUGGUUCAAACAGGAGAUCCAACAGGUACUGGAAGAGGAGGUAACAGUAUCUGGGGCAAGAAAUUUGAGGAUGAAUACAGUGAAUAUCUUAAGCACAAUGUUAGAGGUGUUGUAUCUAUGGCCAAUAAUGGUCCAAACACCAAUGGAUCUCAGUUCUUCAUCACCUACGGCAAGCAGCCACAUCUGGACAUGAAAUACACGGUAUUUGGAAAGGUAAUAGAUGGUCUGGAGACUCUAGAUGAACUGGAGAAGUUACCAGUAAAUGAGAAGACAUAUCGACCUCUUAAUGAUGUACACAUUAAGGACAUAACUAUUCAUGCCAACCCAUUUGCUCAGUAGCUAUAAUAGACCCGGACAAAUACUUGGCAAACUAUGCAAGGAACAGACCUAUUAUGGUUUGCCCAGUUUUAAUUAUGUCAGAGGUUUCAUCAUCCUCUGCUUGUUUACAACUAAGAUCUUAUGUGAGCUGGUGGUACCAAGGGGAGCCAAACAGCUUUUACUCCUAUUCUCACAACAUAUUCUUUACUAUACCAAUUAUCCAAUGUAUUUCCUGAAGCUUAAUUAAAAAAAACCUAUGUUUAA